UUUUGAUCAACAGCAAGAUGGAUAAUAUGGGAGCAUUUUCCAUCUUCGUAACUCUGCUUCUUGUGUCUGCUGUAUAUACAGUGGACAAGACCAGAGAAGAGGGCGCGAGCGGAUCUGCUGUGGUGGAAGCCGUGGUUGAUUUACUUAGAGAGCGAUGUAUCAUAUCUAAUGAUAAUUUCUUUCUGAGACGAAUGGCUUAUGCUGCAAGUAAAGAUGGCGAGAAAAGCGACACCUAUCGGCAAGGGUUUCAUGGUGGUAUCUGGCAGAUCAAUAAACAGAAUUUUCGUCUUACCAAAACUUCUGACAAUCUACGAAAUCAACGUAUUCAAGAAAACUUCAGCAUAGAUUGGUCCCGCGCAACGUGGUCAGACCUUCGUAAACCAUUAUACUCAGGCAUUGCAGCUGCACUGUAUGUACAAUAUGUUCUUGAGAUAAACAGAACUACCAUUCCCCCAACUGUCGAUGAUCAAGCACUCUUUUGGACAAAAUAUUUUGGUGGACAUGAAAAUGAUUUUCUUGCAGUAAAUAAUCUUCGCCAAGUAUCCUGUGACAUGAAACCAGUAGAUCUCGUGUUUGUGGUAGAUGAAUCUACAAGCAUCGGUGACACAGAUUUUGAUAAAAUGAAGACCUUUCUCGAGAACCUUGUGGACCAGAUUACCAUUUCGAAGACUGCAUUUCGGGUCGGACUCGUCAAGUUCCACACAUCCGCCACAACAGUGUUUGAUCUAAAUAGAUACAGUCAGAAAUCAUAUAUUCAGAGAGCGAUUCAUAGCAUGGGUUAUGCACAAGGAGGUACACGUAUCGGAGAAGGUAUAAAGAGCGGUCGUUCUGUGUUCAGCCGAUCGUCAAGAAAAGAUGCCACAAAAGUAAUGAUCCUGCUCACGGAUGGAAAAUCCAAAAAUAAAACUUUGACAGCCAAAGAGGCCAACAGAACAAAGUCUGAAGGCGUAUCCAUUUUCGUGAUCGGCAUAGGUAAUGUUGACAGGGAGGAAAUAACCUCUGCAGCCUCGGAGCCGACUUGUGUUCACGUGUUUAUGUUACAGGGGUUUUCGGGAAUUAACAAUAUUCUGUACGAUGUCAGAAGACGAUCUUGUAAAGCACCAAAGAAAGUGAAAUUCUUUAAUAAUGAAACAAAAGUGGAGGUGGAUUUAAAACCAAACCGGGAUGUUGAGGGCACUGUGGAAAUCGACACAGUGGCUCAAGUCACAGUAAUAACGGCGAACGUUACCUGUGGAGAAGUCGAACUCUUUGCUUCAGUUGAAACAUCUACCCCAAGUGAGGUUUUCUAUGACGUGAAAGGAGAAGCACGAGACAGCGAUCCAGCCUCGUUCUCAAUUAAAAACCGUGGUAGAACUGUAUUUGUUCAUUACAUAGGAAAGUUAGUUACAACGAUGGAAUAUUGCAAGACAAGAAACAAGGCAUUCAGCAUUAUAUUCACUCAAGCAAUAGAUGAAUGUGAAAGAAGUCCGUGUAAAAAUGGCGGCACAUGCGUAGAUCUCCCAAGAGGUUUUACAUGUCAGUGUGCUUCUGGCUACACUGGGAGAUCAUGUGAAAACGAAGUAAAUAUGUGUGAAAGCUCGCCAUGUCAAAAUCAGGGGGUUUGUUUGAAGAACGGUAACGGUUACCGAUGUAAUUGUGCCUUUGGUUUUUCUGGAAGAAAUUGCGAGGUAAAUAUUGACGAUUGCGCACCAAACCCAUGCAGGAAUGGUGGAUCAUGCUCGGAUCUCGUUAACGACUUCCACUGUUCGUGCCCAAAUGGUUAUACUGGUAAAACAUGCAAUGUCAUUGUAAACCACUGUCGGUCUUCGUCUUGUCAAAAUGGAGGUAGCUGUAUUAACUCGCCCAGUGGUUUCUCCUGCUAUUGCCAAACUGGAUACACGGGCUCAAACUGUGAAAAUGGGAUAGCUCAACCCUCGAAGGCUAAUUCCAAGUGUAUACCCAAGGGUAAUAUUUAUCACAUUCCAUAUCCGAAAGACAAGACAAAGUUUAUUCAGUGUGAUGCGUUUGGGGGAUCUACCGUUAUGCCUUGUGCUCCUGGGACUCAAUUCAACAAAGAUUAUCAAACAUGCGUUUCCAGAAAAACAGCAGAAUGUCAAAGAGCAGGUUACCAGACAUUUCCUGACCCUCUUGACCCGGGCAGAUUUUACCAAUGCAGUAAUGGUGUACCGUAUUUAAAGUCGUGCCCUGGAGGCCUCGUCUUUGAUGACAAUUACAAGAUAUGUACCUGGUCCACUAGAAAACGACAGGAAUCCGAGAACAGCGACCUCAUUGAUGACGAUGACGAAAGAAACAAUGAUAACAAUAGCUUUGAUAAUGAUGAUGAUGAUGAUGACGCAAUGGAGUCUGAGCGCGAAGUUGAAGAAAGCAAAAUAGAUGACACCGACGACCAGAAAAGAAGAGGUAACCUCAAAAAAUUGAAAGAGGUUCUAAGAAAUCUUCUUGAUGAAAACAAAUAAAUAAUUUGACGAAUUAAAGUGAAGAUUAAAAGAAUUGUACGUUUACGUAACUUUUAAGAUUAUUAACCUGCUCUAUGUUUAAUAUGUACUAAUUUUUCUGCUGUAUAUUUAGUACGUAUAAAUAUAUAUUUAAUGUGUUUGUUUGAAUUUAAAUGGGUGAAAUUGAAAAUAUAUAUUCUAAUAUAAAAUUAAAUGAAAAAUAAUGUUUUUGAGUUUUUAUUUCUUAA